AGAAGAAGGCUCUUUGUGUUGUGCUUCCUGCUUGUGUUGAAAGACUGAAUGUAAAUAAAUAUAAACGCUCGUGUGGACUGUACAGUGGAGGAAACAUGGAGGAUGUGAAGCCAUCGUCGUACUGCACUGUGUUGGACGGGAAGAGCCAGUCCAAGUAUCUGUGUUAUACACACCGGAGAAAUGCGCUAUUUUAUAUUUGUCUGACAGAUGCUGCAGAUGUUUGGAGCACAGAGUACACAGAGGACACCUUGAAAGAGUUUAGAAAGAAGGUGGCCUUGAAAUCUACAGAGGAUUAUAUUCUCAAACUCAGGUCUGCCUGUGUUACUGGGGACGUGUCUGUCGUGGUACAUGACACCGGGGCAGAGCUCCAGGUGUCCUCAGGGUCAGUUGACCUGAGUGUGAGUCUGUCCAGGCUGCAGGGCCCACAGGCUACAGAGGAACUGAAGGAGCUGCUGUUCAGGAUGGCAGACAGCCUCACUCAGCUUGACAGUAAAGUUAGAACACCGGCACUCAGUCCACUAAAAAACCAUCAGAGGAAUCACACAGAGUUUGAGCCCCGGCAGCAGCAGAGCUGUGGUCCAUCAGUGACGGUGAAGAGACGAGCUCCAGGGGCUUCACUCAUCAACCCAGGAACUAAAAAAAAGAUGCAAGCGACUGGCGUGGCCUUCGAUGAAGCAGACGACGACUGAUCCUGUCGAUCAGUCAGAUCCUGUUCUCACACUGCUAAUGCACUACCAACACGAAACAUGCUUUUAACCCAUUCACUCAACAUUAGGACGUUUAUUUCAGUACAGCUGCUUUACUACUUUUAUGAAAUAAGAUACCAAUCACAAUGACAACAGUGUUUUUAUAUUAUCAGGUCUUCUUCCUGAAUGAUGCAGUAACUCCUAUGAUAUUUAAUCUGAAAAUGAAAUAAAAAACAAGUUGUUAGCUCUGACUGUGUAAAACAAAUAGUAUUGUAGAAAUCAUUCUCAACAUAAAGACCAAAUAUUACAGUGUCAAAACAAGUGGUCAGAAGGGAGGCACCGUCCGGACAAUAACCAAACACUUACACCCCCCCUAUGUCUCUGACAAAGAAAAGACAGCUCAUAUUCCCAAGGUGCUUUCCCCUAAAUCCUCUGUUAUUACAAUUAAUCAUGUGAAAUUUUGAUUAUGAAAUGUGUUUUAAUUCUGGUAAACGAAUGUUUUAACUGGAUUUUAUCAUUCCUCUCAUAUACACAGGUCAGAGUGUUGAAAUGUGACAGAGAGAUCUCUUCACAGACAAAAUAUUGUAUAGAGGAGUUCAUAGCUGAUAGCAUCUUCUUCAUUUCUUCUCGAUAAUUAUGAAAAACUUCAGGAAAUUAACUUUCUUUUGUAACUGGUGAUAUUUGCCAACUUCUUUUGUUCUGUUAAUUACUAAAUUAUUUUGUUUAAGAAUAAUAACAUAAUCUAUCACAGUUUUUCCCCUAGGUUUACAGCUACAGGGGGAGGGGUGCUUGGGGGGCGGGGCAGAUGCUAGGGGGGGUGUGCGCUGGUGGCAGUGUGCUCAAGGAAACACUGUGUCAUGUUGUACUUAAAUAAAUAAAUAAAGAAUACAUUGUUUGAA